AUGCCUGAUCCCCAAGCCUAUACUGUUGGUUGGAUCUGCGCUAUCACUCCAGAGUCUGUCGCCGCCCGAGCUUUCCUUGACGACGAACAUCAACUCCCGCAGCAGGUCGCUAAGCACGACAACAACAGCUACAUUUUGGGCAAGAUCGGCAGUCACAACGUUGUCGUUGCGACUCUGCCCGACGGCGAAUAUGGCGCGACCUCGGCGGCAACAGUAGCUAGAGACAUGAUUCAUAGCUUUCCAAACGUGCGCAUCGGGCUAAUGGUCGGCAUUAGAGGCGGCGUGCACAGCCAGAACCAUGAUAUACGACUCGGUGAUGUUGUUGUCAGCAGCCCAAUUGGCAGGAAAGGAGGCAUAUUCCAAUACGACUUUAGCAAAACCAUUCAGAAUCUCUCGUUCCAAGAAAUCGGUUUCUUAAACCUACCGCCGAAAAUCCUACGAGCAGCUCUCAGCACACUCAAAAGCCAAUAUGAAAUAGAAAGCCACCAGCUAGUUGACGACGUAAACAAAAAGUUAGACAAGAUCAAGGAGAGGAGUAGAUACGCACGGCCUAGUUUAGCAAGCGACAGAUUAUAUAAAUCUAAUAUCGUGCAUCCCUCAGACCCAUCAGCAAACUACGAUGUUGCGUGCGGCGAUAAUACCACCUCCCUAAUAGCCCGAUAA